UUUUCUCGCAUCUGGAAUUGGUUUUUUUUUUCAUUUGUUGUGCGUCUUCUGAUGUGAGUGUCAGAAAAGUCGAUUGAUUAUUGUUCGUUUGAUGCUAAAUUUAGUCAAAGAAUAAGUUUAAAAUAAAAACUACGGCACCGUGUACGUUAACCGGGUCAAUAUACAUACCGAAAGCGAAACCAAUCGGCCAAAAAGGAUGAAUUUAAAAUUGGAUAUUGAUCCGCACAGUGUCUGUCGAAUUUGCUUGUCGCAAAAGUCGCUGACAAACAAUUUAAUCAAUUUCUUCUCAAAUGUUGUUGUUGAGGGAUACAUAAUAUCGGUUGCAGAUAUGGUGAGGAAGUGCUUGGACAUUGAGUCCGACGCCAGCGAUGGACUUCCCGACAAAAUUUGUGAUGUGUGCAAAAAGGAAAUCACGAACUUCCAUCUGUUCAAAGAGAAAUCCGCUCGCACCGAGCAAAUUCUGUUGAACGAAUUCGACAAACCACCCCGGCAAAAGGAACAGAAUCGACGUUCAUCGGCUGACGCCACCGCAAAGCCACAAACAGCAACAGUUGCCAUUCAAACGGUGGCCGAGCAUCCAUCGUUUACGUGCUUGGAAUGCAAAAUGAUUUUCAAAACCGAAACCCUGCUGAGCAAACACAUCAGCGGUAAACAUUCCGCGGAAAAAUUGGAAGCUGGAUGCCAAACGGAUGAGGCGUCGAUAAUGCCCGAGGAGAUUUACAUUGACGAAAUACCCGAAUCGGUCGAGAUGAAUUACAAACGGGAAAUGAAAAUGGAAUUACUUGAAGUGGAGGACAUCGACAUGGACGACAUAAAUGCCGAGUUGGAAGAAAUGACGAGCGAACACAAGAGUGAUUAUCACGAAGAGUAUGAGAUCAUUGAAAAGGAGCAAGAGGAGUACCAGUGCAACGAUUGCCUGGAAAUAUUCCCGCUGGUCGAAUUGUUUGAGAAUCACAAAUGUCCCAGCAAAGUUAUCGUGCACAUCGUUAAUGAAGCGGGUGAAUCCGACGAUAUGUCCGAUAAUUAUGGCGAGGAAUUGUUAAACGAAGACGAUUGCUAUGAAUGCUACCGUUGUCAUGCCACAUUUGCUAGCGCCGACGAAUUCUCAUCGCAUCGUAGUGCCAACGAUUGCCAGCAAUUUGACUUAUCGAUGAAGAGUCCAAGUCAGAGAACUAAACCGGAGGAGUAUCAUCAUUGCAGUUUGUGCAAAGACAAACGCUUCAAGACGAAAUCCACGUUCAAUCAGCACCAGAAGCUACACGAGUCCAUCGAACGUGUCAUUGAAUAUUUGGACUGUUCGUCCUGCGAUGAUUGUCACAAGAUGUUCCUAUCGAAUGACGAUCGAAUGCAGCAUGACUGCACGAAGAAACGGAAGAACAGCGAUGGCGAGUACAUUGACGAAUCGUGCACCGACUAUCAGUACCUGGAGCCGGAUGUCGAUUUUUCGUGCGAUAAAUGUCCGAUGGAGUUCAGCACUUUGAACAUAGCCAAGCUGCACAUCAUCACUCACGCAAAAGAGUUCCUUUGCCCGUUCCGAGAUUGCGGUUGCUCGUACGAAAUUUGGUCGAGAUUUGCGAUGCAUUUGAGUACGAAGCAUUUGAAUGAGAAGCACCAUCAGUGCAAAUUUUGUGACGCCGAAUGCCAUUCGUUCGACGAUCUACAGGCCCACUACAAAGAGCGGUGUCCCGAGAAGAAAUUCAAAUGUGACCACUGUGACAAGUCCUACUUUUCGCAGAAAGCCUUAAACUUACACAUCAAGGACAUCACUAAGGGAAAGACUUUCAAUUGCACGCAUUGCAGUAAGUCGUUUAACCGGCGCGGUGAACUCGAUCUACACAAUCGAUCCCAUACCAAUGAGCGACCGUACAAAUGUACGAUUUGCGAUAAGGCAUACAAGACAUCAAGUAUGCGUGCGGCUCAUAUGGACGCUCAUAUUGAGGGAAAGACAUUUCCAUGCACCAUGUGCGACAAAAAGCUACAGACCAGAACGAGCUACCGAAAUCAUAUGAAGCGCCAUACCGAGGAGAAGAAGCACCAGUGCGAACACUGUGGCAAGAAAUUCUUUACCAAAUUUCACGUCAAACUGCACGCAUCAAAGAUCCAUGCGACGGGCAAAUACAAGCCGCUCAAGGUCCCAUCGAAUGUCAUUCAAAUUGAAUAUGAAGACAUUGUGGAUACGUUGGACGACGAACAGGUUGUGUCGUCGUACGGAUAAGUGAAUGGAUAAUUCUAGGACUUCAAUUGUUAAUUUAUCGAUGUUGUUUCGCUGCUGCGGAUUGAGGUGAUUUGCUGAUCGAAAAGCUGUGUAAAUAAAUCGGCAAAUCUUAA